CUUUGGUUCCAGGCCUAGAUUGGUACUACUUAUUUUAGCGCUCUCUUGGCGGGAAAAAUGCUUCAAUUCUAUUGGUUAAUUGAUUAACACAUUUGUUUACGGCGUCUUUUAACAAACUCGCAAUUCACCGAUUACCAUUUUGAAAGAACUAGACACAGAAAAUCAUUUAGAAAAAUGGGUCGAACAAAAGCAGGCAAAAGACCAAAGGAUGAAAACAAACCUAAAAGAUCAGUGUCUGCCUAUUUUUAUUACCUUGCCCAAUGUAGAGAAGAUGCCAAAGCAAGUGGUAAAGCUAUGACCAAGGUUGGUGAAUUUACCAAAGAAGCUUCAGUUAAAUGGGGUGCUAUGAAUGAUGCACAGAAAAAGAAGUUCAACGACUUGGCAGCUAAAGAUAAAGCAAGAUACAAUGAAGAGAUGCAAGCAUUCACAGGGAAACCAAUGAAAGAUGAAAACAAACCCAAAAGACCACAGUCUGCAUACUUCUUGUUUUUAGCUGAUUACAGAAUUAAAAUGAAAGGUUCCGAUAUAAGCAAUAAAGAUCUGAUAUGUAGUGCUGGAAAAGUUUGGGGUGACAUGUCAAGUAAAGAAAAGAAACCUUAUCAAGACAAAAAUGGAGAAGAAGUAAAGAAAUAUGAAAAAGAGAUGAAAGAUUACAAGGAGAAUGGAGGAGCAGCAUCAGCAGCAAAGAAAGCCAAAGUAGUAGAACCAGAGCCCAAUGGUGCAUCAGAGGAAGAAGAUGAUGAAGAGGAGGAUGAGGAAGAAGACGAUGAGGAGGAGGAGGAGGAUGACGAAUGAAGAGAUAUAUUUUAUUACGGUGGCCAGUCCUAAACACCUGAUGUUCAAAAUGCCAGUCCAAUAACAUCUUUUAUUAAUUGAAAACAGUUAUUUAAAAGCCAGCAUUGUUUAUUUGUUGUAAAUUAAGUUAUAUUGUAACAGAAAGAGUUGUCAUAACAUAUUUGUGGAUAUUAAGUUAUUUUCUCUUUCGAAAUUAGUAUGUAUGCUGAAUUGGUGGAAAAAGCAGUAAUGAAAACUUGUCCCAAGUCUUUGUAUAAAAAAUGGAAGGAUAAAAAUCAAGUAUAUUAAAAAUUUCUUCUUCUUCAAGCUCUUAAUUGACUUGUAUACUACAACUUCUCGUAGUAAUCUUUUCUGGCUAUUUUCAGUAAUAAUAUUACAAAAUACAUGACAAUUUUUUUCAUAGUUUUAUGUACUAGACAUAUCAUCUCAUGGGACACUUGCUGUAAUGUUAAUUAGGUGUCCACUUGUUUUCAUGUAUAUUACUCAUUAUCACAAUCAGGAAAAAAAUCAUUAGGUUUCAACAGUAACUUUAGUUACAAUAUGUUUCCUUGUUGAAUUAUUCAUUGACAUUUUCAUGUAAUAAUGUACAUAAUCACUCAUUCAUGAAAUUACAUCUGAUGGCAUAGUAGUUUUAUGAUUUAUGUUAGCAUAAAAUCAAAAGAAUGAACACCCCAAUCUGGUGCUCAAUGGUUGUAUUUAUAUAUGUCUUUAUUUUAACUAGAUUUUUACAACAUAACUCCAUUUUAUCAUGUAGUUUUUACCAUCAUUGCUUGUACAUGUCAUAUAGAAUUAAAGAAAAUAGUGGUAA